AUGGGCUGUUUCGGCGCUGACAAUGACACAAAUCGGGUAGACGAGGAGACUGCAGUCCGGGGCGUACAGGUUGAUUUUAGCGAUGAUCGCUGGAUUGUAGACCUUGAACUCGAUAACAUUAUCAGCAACAUAUCGGAGAACGAGAGCUGGACAACUUCAUUUCGUAGGGGGUUUCAGGGCGCCAAUGACAAUGAACAACCCCCAAACGAACUAGGCAAAAGUUAUCGGAUCAACUUUGCUGUCCUUCAGCGAAUACAGUUGAAGCAGCUCCGAACUAAGCUCGCCAAACAUGCAGUCUCUCUAAGAUGCGAAGCGGGUGAACCUCAAGGGUGGCAGGACACUCUUAAAAACUAUAUACAAGCACUCCAAAACUAUGAAUAUAUGGAAAGACGAAGUCUGCAACCUGAAGACCCGUUCUACAUGAGCGGCGAGAAAUAUCAAGACCGAAAGCUCCUUGAAACCAUCAUAGGAGGCGAAGCAUAUAGAUUUGAAGGCAAAAAGGUAUUUCCUGCUAUAGGUAACUGGCAAAAGGGUCCUGAUGGAUCGAGAUCUGUUCGAGAUACAAGACAAGAUAACUAUCAGCGGAACUGGAAGGUAGGUUUCCACCAAAGACUUGCCGUGGCGGCCGUAGGUGGUAUAUUUCUCAUGGCCCCUAUGUGGCUGAUGGUCUUGCAUAAUACUCUCUACACAGCUUUGGUUUCGACGACGGUGUUCGUUGCUGUUUUUGGAUCAAUGGCUGCGCGUUAUCUUACGAGUUUGAUGGACGUUAUGUCGAGUACAGCGGCUUAUGCUGCUGUGUUGGUUGUUUUUGUUGGGCUGAUCACUGAAAUGCACGAUGGCUGA